AUGGUGUGCCGCCCGUCGGAUGGCGCUCUGGCGCAGUUCGCAUGGACAUCGGUGACUUCCGCCAUCGGCCCAGUCCUGGUGGCGCACGCCGCGAUGAGGAGGAUCAAGGGGGACGAAACGAACAAGUCGAUGCUUGAGCGUUUGGGGUGGAGCUCGGAGCCGAGACCCCCUGGACCCCUCUUUUGGUUCCAUGCCCAGUCAGUAGGGGAAAGUGCGGUGGCGCUGCCUGUGAUUCACAGAUGUCUUUUGGAAUAUGAGAAAGUCAACAUACUGCUGACGACCUGCACCUUGGAGGCAUAUGCACUGUUGUCUCGAGCAUUACCUCAACGGGUAAUUCUUCAAUACGCUCCCUGGGACCUUCCUUUUGGCGUUCAGCUCACCGUGCUGCACUGGAGGCCAGAUGUUGUCGUCUUUGUGGAGUCGGUGCUGUGGCCCAACUUGAUUGAGGCCCUGCAUCAACAUGGUUCCCACCUGGCACUGCUCAACGCGCGUUUGUCGCCAGAGACGUUUCUGCGGUGGCACACCUGGAGGCACACUGGACGGCAGUUAAUGAAGAGGAUGAUGUCGAGAUUCGACCUUGUAGUGCCGCAGAGCGAUGUGGAUGUUGGCAGGUUUCGCAUGCUGGGGGCAACGAUCCCUCAGAUGCCUGGCUGGUGCACAGAUCUAAAGUAUGCCGCUGCAAUGGGGGCAUGUGUCUGGGAAAUGUGGAGGCCCUCUGGAUUGAGAGUGAUGGAAAUAAAGAAAGGCGUUGCUGGGCGACCUCUGUGGGUUGCUGCUAGCACUCACGAUGGAGAGGAGGAGUGUGUGGGCAGGGCUCAUCUCAUUUUGGCAAAGGAAUGGCGCAACUUGCUGACAAUCAUUGUGCCCCGUCACACUUGGCGAUGCCAAGAAGUGGCAGACAAGCUCUCCAGCAUGGGCCUCAACGUCAAGUUCUGGUCUGCAGAGCCUCGAUCAUAUUCCAAGGUUGAUGUGUUCGUUGUUGACCUUGUUGGCGAGUUGCCUUUGCUGUAUGCAAUAAGCGAGAUAGCCUUUGUUGGCGGUUCAUUGAUGGAAGGCAGCUCUGGGCACAACCUAGCAGAGGCGGCUGUCGCAGGUUGUGCUGUGGUUGUGGGAAUGCAUGCCGGGCAUUUCAACCGCAUGGCAGAUGAAUUGAAUCAGGCGGCGCUAGUGGCUGCAGAAGAGGCUGCAGCUGUUGUCAAUAAUUCAGGCGUUGGUGGAAUUUACGACGACUACAUUGAGGACGAGUCACAGGGGCCCCAGGAUCCGUCCCAGCCCGCCGUCGCUUCCCCGUCCUCUGCCCUGUCCCCCUCCCCCGCAGACUCCCCCAGGGCAGCAAACCAGGUCAGCACAGAGGGCCGCACAUCGUCCUCGCUUCGUGACCGGCCUGCCACAGCCCCUGCCGCCAUGGCGUAUGCAUGGGAGUUUGAACCAUGGCAGGAGGCUGCAAGGGGUGCCGGAGAGCCUGGGUGGCUGGGCAAUGAGCGGCACGGCCAAAGAGACUCGCCCUGCCGGUCUGGAGCCAACGAAGGUCCGGAGCACCUCAGGAGGAACUCAGAGCCAGCCAACCGGCUGUGCAGGGAUCCACAAAUGCGUUUGCCAGAGGAAGCAGAGAGCAGGGGAGAAGAGGACAGGGCAAGCACAUCCCAGUGGCGCAGGGUGCCGCGUCCCUCCCCGGAAGGCAGCUCUCAGCUGUACACACCUGCAGAGAGCUGCACAAAGGAGGAUGGAACUGAGGCUUUGCAGAGGCUCUCGUUGGACAGUGCACCGCCCUCCACUUCCUUCACUGAGGACUUGCCAAGCAGCAGGGAUGCCACCCACCGUGCACACAGCUGGGAUCGCCCGAGAACGGGAAGCGCAAAUGGGCUCAGCAUCUCUGAGCUGCGGUGUGCCUUGACACCUGAUGCCACAGAGGGCACGCCUGCCGAUUCAGGCUCUGGAAAGGUUCAAGGCGUCCAGGAGAAGUCACGGCAAGGGUCCACCCUAGUUAGCGGAGAAGCCACCCAGGACCCCUCCCGACGGAAUGGAUAUGCCAGCCCCAUUCAGAUCAGAGACAGCCCACUUGUGAGCGGUGCUGCUGGCCUGUCCGAGGAGCACCUGUCUUUGGACACAGAGGACAGCCCACGUGUGAGCAUCAUCGAACGCAAUGCAUUGGAGAGCCCAUCUGAAACCAACCUUGAAUGCCAUCUGGUCUUGCCAGAUGAAGGCCCCAAAGAGGGCCAGGAUGGUAUGCGCUUGAGCCUGGGUGAGGGUGGGCAGAGCUCCGUGUGCCCAUCGCCAUACCCUAGUGCUGCAUCGAGGCCAUGCAGUGGCGUCUCUCUGGAGCAGCCCCCGCCUUUCACCCACCUUCCACACCCCACUCCCAGCAGUGGGAACAGUCCCACAUCUUUUGCAGAGACUCCUGUGUGGGCGCAGGCGACACCCAUGUCAAUGGGUGCUACUGUUGAUGGCGCACCAACCAGGUCCCCAUGGAGAGCUGCCUCAGCCACAGUUUCGCCCACACAUGGGCGUCAUCUGUCGGGUGUGCCCCAAACGCCCUCAGUGUCGCCACUUGCUGGUCACAGCCGUAGAGACAGCACUGGGACGGACUUCGACCUUUAUUCCGGUCUCUCCCUUCGCUACCAGGGCGAGUACAUCCUCCCAGCAAACCACCUGCCCUACGCUCCACACGGGCCAGCAGUGUGGCGUGUCUCUGGGGAAGUGGGACUGGCAGAGUCCAUCGGCACACUGUUGAGAGAGCCCCUGGAGCGGCGAUCCCGCGGCCAUGCUGCAGCACAGGCAGCUGCAAAACUAGCUACGGGGCUAGUGAGCACCGUCUGGAGCGUCCUUGACGAAAUGGUGCUGGACCCAGCACUGCGCAAGCACCAAGAAGGGCAAGAAAGAUGA